GUUCAUAUUGCUAAAUUUUUAUAUUCCGUUUAAUAUUGCUGGCUAACUAGUACCGUCAGCGCUGCCCAUAUAGUUUUAUACAAUUAAUUAAUCAAUUUUCUACUUGACUGGCUUAUUUUCAACACUUGCAUUUAUUGCAUUUUGCGUAAAAAAAGGUUUUCGUUGACAGGAAUGAUAAAUGCGCCGGUGGUUCAUUAUAUUAGAAUUGGGACUACACUUUUCGCAAAAGAACUCUGGGGACUACCACGAACAGGAGAAAUUUAGUUUUCGAAGCAUUGCAAUCGACUAGUCCAAAGAAAUGACUGAAUAUACUAUUAUUCCAUUGGAAGAUUCGUUCCUGGUGGAAGAAUCCGAAUGGUUGUUGCAGUGGACUAAGCUAAACUCUGAAAACUGCGACGAUGGAGCAAAUAAGAGCGACGCGGAAAUGACUGAAUAUACUAUUAUUCCAUUGGAAGAUUCGUUCCUGGUGGAAGAAUCCGAAUGGUUGUUGCAGUGGACUAAGCUAAACUCUGAAAACUGCGACGAUGGAGCAAAUAAGAGCGACGCGAAGCACUCGAAUUUGAUGUUUCAUUUAAAAGAAGUGAAGAUCUACAGGGAACAAAUAGACGAGCUGAACUCAGAACAUGCCUUCUUGAACAAAGAAAUGGAACUUGUUAGAGAUUUGGAAAAACAAAAAUGUGACCUGCAGCUUUAUAACGCGCAGAAGGAGAAUCUAACUAUUGAACGUGAUGGUCUGCUACUGCAGUUGGAAGAGGCGAAGGAAAAGUAUGCAAGUAUUCUACAAAAACUGGAUGGGCAAAGCAAAUCGAUGGUGGAGAUGAAUAAAAAUUUUCAUCUGGAAAUAGAGGAGUUUGAGCAACGGCAAAUUGAUAUGCUCCAUGCCAUACAGCUCCAAGACGAAAAACACUUACUCCAAGUGGAUAUGCUUGAACGAAAUCUUCAAAACAAAUAUUCGGAGGUCAACGUUGAACGAAAUCUUCAAAACAAAUAUUCGGAGGUCAACGUUUGCGGCAUUUGUGUCACCCCCUGGGACUCGGGUGGCGUGCAUCGAUUGGUUUCGUUGCCCUGCGGACAUCUCUUUGGUGACAAGUGCAUCCGGGAACACCUACGUCGAGUGUUACAAUGCCCAAUUUGUAAGGUGAUGGCAUCGGAAGAGCAUCUUCGUUAUAUCUAUGGUAUUAACAUCUUGCCUUAUGAAAAUUAAAAUUAGCAUUGGAAACUUUCAUCUUAAAUUGUCACUAAAAAAUUUGACACUAAGUCUUGCAACAGUUGAAAUGUUGAGUUUAAUAUUUAAUGAACACCUUA